UCUUUUUUGAACUGCUGAGCUGUUAUUCUGUUUCACACACUCACCGAGGGAAGGAAUUACACCAACAAUGAAUAACACAACUUGUCAACGUGUCAACUUUGACUUUACACACAGAUUCCUGCCUCCUGUUUUCAUCUUAGUGUUCAUCGUUGGUCUGGUGGCUAAUGGAUGGGGACUGAAGUCUUUGCUGCACAACUGGAAGAAACUGGGGGACAUCAACGUUUUUGUUCUGAACCUUGGUCUUGCAGAUAUUUUGUAUCUGCUCACACUCCCAUUUCUGAUGGUGUACUAUUUUAUGAAGAGUACUUGGAUCUUUGGAGAUGCAUUCUGCAAGAUAACAAGAUUCUGCUUCAACCUGAAUUUGUAUGGCAGCAUUGGAUUCCUUACUUGUAUAAGUGUGUACAGGUACCUGGCCAUUGUCCAUCCAAUGAGAGUGAAGGGAAGAUUAACUGUCACCCACUCUGUGGCUAUUUCAGUGAUGGUUUGGCUGUUGGUGAGUGUUCAAAGUCUUCCAGACAUGUUCUACACCAAAACAUCUGGAAACAAACCUGGGAAAUGCUACGAUACCACGAACGUGAUAUAUGUUGAGGAUUACCUGAAAUACAGUCUCGGAAGGACACUCACUGGGUUUUGUAUCCCAUUCCUCAUCACACUGGGCUGCUAUGGACAUGUGAUUGUCAUUCUCUGCUGCAAAAAUACCACUGACAAGGUACUGAAAAAGAGGUGCUUGAGAUUAUUAAUCAUCUUGAUUGUUCUCUUCUCUGUUUGUUACAUCCCCUAUCAUGUAUUUAAGAACCUCAUCCUCUGGUCAAGAGUUUUAUUAAAACAGCAUAUGUGCCGUGAAUGGUCUAAUAGAGUCUACAUUGCUCAUCAGAUAAGUUGUGGACUUGUGUGUCUGAACAGUGCUCUCAACCCUCUGGUUUAUCUUCAUGGAAAUGAAGAUAUUCCUGCUCAGCUCAGACAGCUACUCCAGCGAGCUCGUCAAGCUGUCUCGUGGCUGUUCAUCACCUCUAGUCAGUUCUCCCAGGUAUAAAUUGUCUGAUAUGUGAAUGAAUUGUAUUGCAUCAUCUGCUACUAUAAAACAUUUAUUUUACUGGGUCAAUGUUUUGUCUUAUAUGGUUUUAUAUUUUGCUGUAAACAUGCUAAAAAAAAGCUAAGAUUAGAAAAUGUACUUAAACAAUUCUGAGAGCUUCAAUGUUCUCUCUCAGAAAGGUUUGCAGAGAGAAUAGGACGACUUUUGAUGGUUGUGGGGCAGGGCUCAGUGAUCAGCAUGACGUGUAUGUAUUAAA